GAAUUAUCCAAAUUUUAUGUUUAUUCUUGAUUUAUCACAUAGUUUACGUAUUUCGAUAUUCAGUUGUGUUUUAUUAUAAUUUAACGACGUUAGCACAGUGCGACGUGUUAGCUGUUAGUUUUAUCUGCGUAGCUAAGCUAUCUGCAAGCUACAGCGAGCUAAGCUGUCAUUACUUCAUGCGUGUGGAUUAUUUUUUAUCUGGCCCAGAUAAAGUGCAGCAGUACUCUUAAAUAACUUAACAAGGCUGUGAAAAUGGACACAAGAGCCUUGAGGAAUCCGUACCCUGAGUAUGAUGGAAACCCUGCGCUCACACAUGCUCUGUUUGACAGCCAGGGAAAGAUUACAUCAGAGUUUGGCCAGCGGCUGACCAACAAGGUCACAGAGCUUCUAGCUGUCAUGGAAAAUGGGUUGAAGUCUGCUGACCCAAGAGAUUGCACUAGUUACACUGGCUGGACAGGUAUUGCUCUACUCUACCUGCACCUCCACAACGUGUUCAGGGAAUCUUCAUUCCUUCACAAGGCUCUGGAGUACGUCAGCCGCAGCCUGAAGUGUCUGACUCGCCGCCAUGACGUCACCUUCCUCUGCGGGGAUACAGGGCCACUGGCUGUGGCUGCUGUGGUCUUCUACCGCCUGCAGAGGGUGCAAGAGGCUGAUGAGUGCAUCAACAGACUGAUGCAGUAUCACCAGAUUGUGGUGAAGGGUUCAGGUGAGCUGCCAGAUGAGCUGCUUUAUGGCCGGAUGGGCUACCUGUACUCCCUCGUCUUUGUCAAUCAGCAGCUUGGGCAGGACAGGAUCCCACUGCAGUACAUCCAACAGAUUAGCGAGGCCACCCUGAUGUCAGGCGAGCACCUCAGCAAGAAGUUCCGGGUCCAGAAUCAGAGCCCCCUGAUGUACGAGUGGUACCAGGAGCAGUACGUUGGCGCCGCUCAUGGCCUGGCCGGCAUCUACUACUUUCUCAUGCAGCCGGGCUUCGUGUCUGCAGUGGAGGAUGUGCACAGGCUGGUGAGGCCCAGCGUCGACCACGUCUGCCGCCUCAAAUUCCCCACAGGAAACUACCCUCCCUGUAUUGGGGAUAACCGUGACCUUCUGGUGCACUGGUGCCAUGGAUCCCCAGGGGUGGUCUACAUGCUCCUGCAGGCAUACAGGGCCUUCGGUAUUCCUCAGUACCUGGAGCUCGCUUUGCAAUGUGGGGAGGUGGUGUGGAGGUGGGGCUUGCUGAGGAAGGGCUACGGGCUGUGUCAUGGUGCUGCAGGCAACGCCUACACCUUCCUGGCCCUCUACCGGCUAACGCAGGACCCCAAGCACCUUUACAGAGCCUGCAUGUUUGCAGACUGGUGCAUGAACUACGGCAAACACGGAUGCCGAACACCAGACACUCCCUUCUCACUUUUUGAAGGCAUGGCGGGCACCAUCUAUUUCCUGGCCGACCUUCUGCAGCCAAUGAGAACAAGGUUUCCAGCCUUUGAGGUGUAAAAGGUCUCCACAGGUAGCCUUCCACACCCACACUGGUUGGGAAAACAGAACAAGGAGAACACUUGCUCUCUCUCUCCUUCACUAGCAUGCAUGGAAACGCCGCAUUAAUCUCCAUAAAUGAUCUACGGGGUCUUGUGUCAUUGACCUGAUGACUACUGCUUCAGGCAUUGUGGCAUGUUUUAUUUACUCACAUCUCAACUAUAUAAUAAUCUCAAAGGUGAGAGCUUCUCUAGCUUUUUUUGGUUUUUGUUUUGUGUCGCUUAUAAACUCUUCUGCUCAGAUUGUGACUUUAAGGGUUUCAGCUAAAAGGAGGGAAACUAAUUUUCAGACUUUGUUAAAACGUAAAAUUAAAUUGUGUGAUAACUAGACAGCGUUGAUGUUCUGUUAACACUUUACUUUUUGUAAAUUUAACGUGUUAAAAAGGAAAUUGUUUAGUUGCUAUACUGCAGGAUUUUUUUUUUUUCUUUUUUAGAAAAAACAGCAGUGCUAGUGGCUUUGCACUAUAUAUAAUUCAGCACAAGCAGUGCCAUGUGUUAAGGGCUUAACCCCUGAACUCUGAGUGUAAGCUGUUACCUGUUCUUUGCACUGUCUGAGCAAUAAAUCAUGUGUCUUUGUACA